UGUUUGUCUCGGGGAGGUUCGCGGGCAGACAUGGACCUGCACUGCGUCAUUUGCCUGAUUCUUGCGGCUAACUUGAGAGCUACCGCAGGCCAAAUAACCAGAUGCCCUCGAGGCCAGUGGCAGUGUGAUGAUGGAAACUGUAUCCCUGAUGUGUUGAGAUGUGAUGGAACCGGAGAAUGUCUGGAUGGAUCUGAUGAAAUGGAAUGUGCAGCACCCUCAGGCUCCCCUCAGUGUCCACCAGGUCAGUUUUCUUGUUUGGACUCUGUCGGCUGUGUGGACUCGUCUGCCCGCUGUGAUGGAAAAGCCCAGUGUCCCUCAGGCUCAGACGAGGAGAACUGCCCUGCCACUGACGGCUGUUUGGACUCGGACUGGACCUGUAAGAAUCGCAUGUGUGUCCCUAAAGGGCUGCGCUGCAACGGAGUGAACGACUGCAUGGACAAAUCCGAUGAAAAAGACUGUGGUGUGUGUGGUGAAGGCAGUGUGCAGUGUCCUGAUGGGACAUGUCUGUCCCCUGAAAAAAGGUGUGAUGGACAACUUCAGUGCUCAGAUGGCAGAGACGAGCCUGUGACGUGUGGUAAGUUUAUCGCUGAUUAA